AUGGUCCCGCGGGAGCUCGGUUGCCUCCUUCUCCUCCUGCUCUUCCUGCUCGGCGCCUGCGCGGUGUCCAGCUCCCCCGGGCCGGCGGGGACCUCGCCGCCCCCGGGCACCGCCGCCAACGGGACGGGGCCGGCCGGGAACCACAGCGACAGCGGGAUCCGAGGCCUGGACCUGCUGGGCGGGCGGUUCCCCGCGGUACAACGGGGCUUCUACGUGCUCACCGGCCUCUGCGCGCUGGCCGCGCUCUACUUCCUGGUGCGGGCGCUGCGGUUGAAGAAACCUCAGCGGAAGAAAUAUGGUCUCCUUUCAAACUAUGACGAAAAUAUGGAGUUGGGUUCUCUCGACAGCGAUGAAGAGACAGUGUUUGAAACAAGAAAUCUGAGACGCAUGUUUUCGGUUCCGUGUGGACACCCUGGUAGAUUACUCUGCAGUAUGCCUCAGGCAAAGCUUUCGCGGCCCUCCUAGAGUGCCACUGGUAACACCUCCUCUUCUGAAAAAUGGAUCUGGUGUGUGUCCUACUUCCUGUUCUGGGUGUGAAUGUGAGAGGCCACUCGCUCUGGCUGCUGCCUCUUGCCAUUGGCCUGCCCAGUCUGCUCCCUCCAGACCCUUGAGCUUCAGAUCCUGACUUGGUUGUUGACAGAGGGCCUGAUUCUCAGGACACGAGCACUACGGAAGUCGAUGUGAGUUGAGGAUGAUCAGGACCAAGAUUGUGUGAUCCUCCAUAAUGUUCACGCAGACAUUGACCAGCGUGUGCUCCAGCUAACCACUGUAGAGUCUGCUUGAAACUGUUAGGGUUGUUUAAGCCAAAGGCUAAUUAACAAAGUUUACAUAAUUCUCUCUAAUCUGUUUGGGGGUUUGUAUCGAGUUAUCCAGUACUAACAUCGAACUACUCACCGCUGAACUAAUAGGCAAAUUGUCUGGGGCUUCUGCUGCGGUUAAUGAGAUUGAUUCAAAGUGAUACUGGGCUGGAGCGCACUACUGUUAAUGCUGUACUCCUGUUUUAUUUCAUUUGCACAUGACUUGAAUGUGAUCUGUAGCAUUGAAGUGCUGAGAGAUGGACCUGUGGUCUGAACAGAUUGCUAGGCAGUCAAUAAAAAAGCACUCUAGUGCAUAGUGUUUUCCCUCCCCCUUGGAUUGUGUUUAUUUUUAAACAGCAGCCAAUCCUGUAUUGAUCGUUCAUUUUCCUUUUGGUCACCACUUUUCUCCACCCCUCGUAUUGUCAAAUAAAAUAAAACAUUCCAUUUCAACAG